UCAGUCAUCACGUUUACUUUGAUAUUCCCGAUUUUUCUUUGUAUUUAUGUUGUGUUUGAGCCACUUUGAGCACAAAAAACAUGUGUUUCGAGUUUAGUAAACACUGGAGAAUGUAAAUAUUCGGAUAUCUAUAACAGUAGUUGUGUAGUUAAGAUGAAAUUUUUAUUCAUAAUAUUAUUUGCGUUUGAGUUCUAUUGUGGCCUCGGAUCUGUUGUUGAAGAUGAGAAAAAGGAGAGUACCGAGCUGUCAAGAGCUCAGGAUGACCGGCCUCUGCUGUUCGCUACUUUGGGAGGCGGCAUGGUAGCCGUAGAACCCAUCUCGGGGAAUGUUAUCUGGAAACUCAAAGAUGAGCCAGUCGUGAAAGUGCCGAAUCAGCAUGGCAACCUGCUGCCCCAGUUCCUGCCGGACCCUCGCCACGGGUUCCUCUACAUGUACGGUCCCCGAGGAGACCAGCGGAUGCUGAAGAAGCUCCCCUUCACCAUCCCCGAGCUGGUCGCCAACGCACCGUGCCGGUCCACCGAGGGCAUACUGUAUACGGGCAAGAAGAGCGAUACGUGGUUCAUAUUGGACCCAUUAACGGGUAGCAGAGAGCAUAUUUCUGGCUUCGACUCGUCGAAGAUCUUCAAAGGCGACGAGCACACGUGCUCUGACAAGCAGCGCGGCGUGUACGUCGCCCGCACCGAGUACAACAUCCUCAUGCAUGACGCCAGCAACGACAACCAACGGUGGAACGUCACAUUCUUUGACUACACCUCACACAAGAUGGGCAAGGAGAUGCUUAAUGAUUAUGGUAUCAUUCACUUUACAUCAACUUCAAACGGUCGAGUGAUGUCUUUUGACCGCAAGACCGGAGACCUUGUAUGGUCGCACAAUUUCGAGACGCCAGUUAUAGCCGCAUACCUGUUAGACAGAGAGGGCCUAGUGUCUGUCCCUUUCAACUCCAUAGGAGACGACACGUUAGACCAUAUCAUGGAAGAUGCCACUACUCUACGCAAUGGACAGGGGAUUAAAAAUUCAAAUAUGGAAUUAUACCCUACCCUCUACAUAGGGGAGCACAAUCAUGGUCUAUACGCUCUAUCGUCGUUGGUAGACAAGAAUACAGUGACCAUAUCCACUGGGCAUACACAACCUUUGCUCAUAGAAGGGCCUGUAGCCGAGAACGAGGCAAGGCCCACAACCUACAGGCCCUACAAGAACGUACACUAUGAAAUGCAGGAUUUGAACCUGCAACUCACACCGCCUUACCUACUACUCGGCCACUACAAAGUCCCAGAAAUCUCCACAACAUGGAUGCCCCAGCUUCCAAAUAUGAAUUUCGUGAAAAACGAAAAUUCAGUCCAACUGAUCAACGGUGAAGUGAGACAGAGUAAUGAGAAUGAUGGCGAGAACGAGACAAACAUGAAGAACACUAUAUCCGUCUCUGUCCAAACCGAUGAUCUGUGGGCCGAUUUGGAUUGGAGGCCGGGUAUGUGGGUAAAGCAGUUGAAUGCGUGGCUGCAUCAACAGGAGAAUAAGGCGCUGAAGAUGCUUCUCAUCAUCCUGAUGGGAUUGGUCGUUACGCUCUUCUGGUAUUUACGGCUACAGGCGCGUGAGUUCCAGCAGCUCUCACAAGGUGGUUCCCGUGGGUCGAACGUGUCCACCUCCUCCACCGGUGAAGUGACAGGCCAGCUGGUGGAGCUCGGAGACGGGGAUGUCCGGAUCGGCCGGAUAACCUUCAACCCUGACCAGAUACUCGGCAAGGGGUGCGAGGGGACGUUUGUUUAUAAGGGCGCGUUCGACAAGCGCGCGGUGGCGGUGAAGCGUCUGCUGCCGGAGUGCUUCUCGCUGGCGGACCGCGAGGUGGCGCUGCUGCGCGAGUCGGACGCGCACGCGCACGUCGUCCGCUACUACUGCACCGAGCGGGACAGGCAGUUCCGGUAUAUCGCUUUAGAGCUGUGCUCUGCUACAUUACAAGACUAUGUGGAGAAGAAGCUGAAUUUUGAAUGCAAAAUUGAGCCCGUAGAAGUCUUACGGCAGGCAACACUCGGCCUAUCACAUUUGCACUCUAUGGAUAUAGUUCACAGAGACAUAAAGCCUCACAACGUGCUACUGUCCAUGCCAUCGGGUACUGGUGAGGUGCGCGCCAUGAUAUCCGACUUCGGCCUCUCCAAGAAGCUCAACAUCGGCCGCGUCAGCUUCUCCCGCCGCUCUGGAGUCACUAGCACUGACGGCUGGAUAGCGCCGGAGAUGAUUAAUGGAGAGAGAACGACGACGUCCGUAGACAUGUUUUCUCUGGGCUGCGUGUUCUACUAUGUGCUGUCGCAGGGACAACACCCGUUUGGCGACGUGCUCCGGCGGCAGGCGAAUAUACUGACGGGCGAAUACAACUUGGACUAUUUAGAAAAAAUACUACCACUGGAAGAGGUGUUAAUAGCGAAGAUCCUGAUCCGCGCGAUGAUCUCGGCGCGCGCGCACUGCCGGCCGCCGUGCGAGACGGUACUCAAAUACCCAUUGUUCUGGGGGAAACAGAGCAUACUCAACUUCUUACAAGAAGUGAGCGACCACGUGGAGAAUAGCGGGGCGCGCGCUGCGGCAGACGAGGCGGCGCGUACGCUGGAGGUUGGCGGCGUUGGCGUCGUGCGUGGCGAUUGGCGCGCGCGCGUGUGCGCCGCGGUUGCGGGCGAUCUGCGUGCGCGACGCACGUACCGCGGCGACCGGGUUGUGCAUCUACUGCGUGCGUUGCGGAAUAAGAAACAUCACUACCGGGAGCUGGAUUCGGAAGUGAGGAAUAGUCUUGGACGGCUACCAGAUGGCUUCGUUACUUACUGGCUGAGGAGGUUCCCCCUGCUCCUGCCGCACGUAUGGCUGCAGAUGCAACAGUAUAGACACGAGGACAUUCUACAAGCGUACUACCCACACUCGUUCACAUUCCAACGCGAGGACGUACCGGAGUUAGACGAGAGUAAUUACAACGAGGAGCUACCGCAAGAAAUGUGCGACCCGGACAAGAAUGAGCUCUUCGUUAAAAGUAAAGUUUUCUACGACGAUAACGAUAAGGAGCCAAAGUAUAACGGCUCGCCGAGGAAAUACACGAACUGGCGGAGCGAGAUGCAGGCGAGAACGAGACAGGACGAUGUGAGAUUACGAGACAGACAUUAUAAAAAGAAGGAGAAGAAGAGCGAAGAAAUGCCAGUGUGGACAUUGCCGCCGCAGUGAAAUUAUGUUAUUUUUUUAAGCUAUGUUAGUUUUUCUAGUUCCUUAUGCGUUGAAGCAUUUUUGCGUAGAAUUAUCCCUGUGUUUUAAAUUAAUUAAUUGUUGAGUUCAAGUUAGUUAAUGGCCUCAUACUUAGAAUGUAGUACAGGCUAGAUGCUAGAGUCCUGUGAAGCACAAAAUAUUAUUUUAAUAUUAAUUUGUGGGAAUUAAGUAGAUUUAUAGUAAUUUAUGAACUUUGAUAGAUAUAAUUAUUUUAUUGUAAAUAAGAUUUUAAAAUAUUUUGUAAAUAUUUAGGGACCAAUGUGCAAACUUAGGAUACAUUUUUGUAAAUAUUUCUAAUUUAUUCUAAUGUAAUUAUAAGUUUAUUAUCAUGACAUUCCCAAUCUAUACUAACUAAACACAUUUUAUCAUAAAUUAUUGUAUUAAAAACUACGGAAACAGACAGUUAUAGUUUACUUAAGUCAAGUUAAACAGUAAUAGUAAAUUGUUUGUUUAUCAAUAUUAUUGUACUCGUUAUCUUCAAUGAUGUCAUGUUAUGGUUGAAACAACUACAGUGAUUCAAUUGAUAACGAAGUCAUGUUUCUUUAUGAGACACAAUUUUUGUCUAAGCGCCUAAACACACUA